AUACGAUAUUAUAAAAACAUGAAAAAAAAUUUAAUUUUAUACCAGUCCAGAUAACCCUCUCACGCUUUAUAUAUAUGUAUACGUCUUUAAAAUUAGGUAGAGAAUUGGGAGUAAAGCUUCAAUCCUGAUCUUAAUAGCUAUGGCAUUCUCCUUUUACACUUUCAUUGCUAUUUUGCUUGUUUUACUUUCUAUAACUGUGAGGAGCAGUGAGAUUACUAGAGUAACAAAUAAUGAUUCAGAAUCUCUUGUAGCUGAGGAAAAUGCAUUGAUGGAAACUGGGUGGUGGAGUAACUACAGCAACAUAGGUUUUCACCAUUGUACAUGGCCUGGUGUUAGAUGUAGUUCUGCUGGAAGUGUCAUCGAGAUUGAUCUUAGUGGCCAUGGUCUAAAUGGGAGUAUAACACCUCAAAUAGGUGCACUUUCGAAACUCACGUGCCUCAACUUGUCCUCCAAUAAUCUUAGAGGAUUAUUGCAUUUUGCACCCGAGACAUUUACAGGCAACAAGGAUUUAUGUGGUUCCAUUCAAGGCUUCCGUCCUUGCCCUUCAUCUCCAAAUGUAAACCGAGAAAGAAAUAGCAAAGUAGUGAAGCACAAUCUGCCUAUUGUUAUUCUUGUUCCAACUUCGUUAUUUUUUGUCUCGACUUUUGUGUUGGUGAUAUUCAUCCUGUUCCGACGAUAUAGAGCUAAAGCUUUGAAAUAUGAUCCAAGUCCAACCAAAAAUGGAGAUUUAUUCUCUAUUUGGAACUUCGAUGGAAAGAUUGCUUUUGAAGACAUCAUCAAAGCCACAGAGGAUUUUGAUAUCAAAUAUUGCAUUGGAACUGGUGGUUAUGGCAGUGUUUACAGAGCAAUCUUACCAAGUGGCAAAGUUGUUGCAUUGAAAAAACUCCACCGAUUGGAAGCUGAGCAGCCGGCUUAUGAUACAAGUUUCCGAAAUGAGAUCAAGUUUUUAACAGAAAUACGACACAAGAACAUUGUCAAGCUCCACGGAUUUUGUCUCCACAAUCGUUGUAUGUUCUUGAUUUAUGAAUAUAUGGAAAAGGGAAGCUUGUUUUAUAUCUUGAGCAUUGAUGAGGAAGCUGUGGAAUUGGAUUGGACCAAAAGAGUAAACAUUGUCAAAGGUGUCUUACAUGCUCUAUCUUACAUGCAUCAUGAUUGCAACCCUCCAAUUGUUCAUCGAGACAUCUCAAGUAAUAACAUUUUGUUGAACUCUGAAUUGGAAGCUUUUAUUGCUGAUUUUGGAACUGCAAGACUUCUUGAUCCUAAUUCAUCUAAUCGAACUGUAAUUGUUGGAACGUACGGAUAUAUUGCCCCAGAACUUGCUUAUUCAUUAGUUGUGACUGAAAAAUGUGAUGUAUAUAGCUUUGGAGUGUUGGCAUUGGAAAUAUUGAUGGGAAAGCAUCCUCGUGAAUUGUUGUCAACACUUACAUCAUCGUCAUCGCCAUCUAGUAUCCAAAAUGUCAAGCUAAAUGAAAUUUUGGAUCCUCGAUUAUCACCCCCAAGAAGUCGAAAAAUGGUAGGAGACAUCGCUUUUGUCGCUAUGAUUUCUUUCGCAUGCUUACGGGCCAAACCCAAAGCUCGACCAACAAUGAAAUCAGUGUCUCAAGAAUUCCUACACAUCAAGUCUCCAAUUUUAGUGUCUCUCCAUGAAAUAUCUCUUAUCGAGCUUAAUAACCAUGAGAUGCUUACGACCGGUGAAAGUUACAAAUAAUUAGUACUUGAUUUGAUUCUAUAAUUUUAAGACGAUAUGAAUAUCAUAUCUCCUAAAUAUCUAUUGGAGUAUACCCUAAUAUGGUGAUUGUAUUAACAUAUUUUUACCUAGUUUAUUAAAAGGCAUUUUCAUAAUUACUUUCAAUAUUUAUUUAUGUGUUAAAUAAAUUGUAUAAUGAUGAAGACCUAGGAAUAUUGAUAUGAUCAUUCUUAAAUAUCCUUAGUCAAGUAUUAUUGUGUAUUAGACAACAAUAAUGUAUUGAAACUAAUAUGUGCUUGGUUGA